CGGCCACCGUAGUCGGUUUCUCGUCACGUGACAUGGAUGUCAGUAUUAACGCAAUGAAAACCACCACUUUAUGUUACUGUACUAUGCAGGAAAAUAUUAGGGACAAGUGAGAACGCAUUAAUGUUGCUUGUUAACAGACUGCAAAUGCGCGUGUUUGCCAUGUCACCAUGACACAUUUGAUCUUGUGACCAGGAAGUGUUUUCGCUAGCGUGUCCGACUGGCGGCUGGCUCAGUGCAGCUGAAUUCGGAAUGUUAUUUGUUUCUCUGACAAAUGGUGCCGGUUAAUAUGGGUGUUUGUUUUUCAAGGUUGUUAUGUUAGCGCAUUCAAAACGAGCAGCUUGUCAUUUCUGACAGCAGCUCAGUGCUACAACGCCGGCCAAGGAUGUCUCGUACUGACGGUGGCCAGUCCCCGCUUGUCAUUCGCCUGGCAACACUCCUCCGAAAUCAUGUUGUCCACCCACCUCCAUCUGUAGGCGAGUUAGUGCUUGGAGGCAGCAGCACACUGACCCUGCCAGUGACGAACUUGCAGCAGCUCAACCGACUGUUUGAGCAGCACUUGCUAUCCAGGAAACAGCAGCAUGGUUUCCUGGCCCUGCCGUCCCAUCCAUCUGACUCUGCAUCCUUGCUGCAACUGCAGUUUCUCUUCGACAUCCUGCAGAAGACAAUCUCCCUGAAGCUCAUCAACCCGUCACGCACAAGAUUACAGUCUGGGGUGAAGAUUUUCCCUUUCAAGUCUUUAAAGUGUCUGGAGCUGAAGAAUAUCCCGCCGCACUGUCUAGAGGGUCUCAGAGGAGUUUAUUCCCAGUUGGAGGUCUUCAUCUGCUCAAAGAGCCUGAGCUCCCUGGAGGAACUGCUCUCCCUAUGUGGCGGUGACCUCAGCUCUGCUCUGCCAUGGCUGGAGCUGCACACCCUCAACUUCAGCUAUAACUCCAUUGUCUGCCUUGACCAGUCUUUAAGUCUCCUGAAUGUUCUGAAAUGUUUGGAUUUAAGCCACAACAAGAUUCAGGAAUGUGCAGAAUUUCUAAAGCCUUUGAGUGAACUGGAACAUUUGAAUUUAGGCUACAACUGCCUUCAGAGGGCGCCAACACUUAGCAUAAGCGCCACGGCCAAACUGCUCACGCUCAUCCUCAGGAACAAUGAACUGGAGACUAUAAACGGUGUGGAGCAGUUGGCAUCACUCCAGCACUUGGACCUGGCCUAUAAUCUUCUUCUGGAGCAUUCGCAACUGGCUCCUCUCUCCUUGCUUCACUGCCUCAACACGUUGUACCUGGAGGGCAAUCCGCUGUACUUCCAGAAGACUCAUCGCACAUGUACUGUCCGACACCUCUCCCCCAAGGCUGUUGGCCUCAAACUUAAACUUGAUGGUGUCGCGCUCUCCUCCUCCGAGUUAUCUGUUCUGCCAAAAGCCGGACAACUAAUUGUCCAGCUCCAGUUGUCCCCUCCGGCAGAGUUAGAACAAAGUCAUGCAGAUGUGUCAAGCGGAGCUGGGGAGCUCAGCGAUAGUCUUUCAGUGGGGGAUGUGCGAGUCUCACGUGGUCACAAAAAGAAGUCCCGGGUACGAUGGAGGAUGCUGAUCCAAGUUAAAGUGCGCCAAGCAAGUAUCUCUGAACCCAGUGAUGCAGACUACCAGGCAAUGUCCUCCUCACAGGACAUUGCUCUUCCACACCAAGAAGAGAUCGAGCGCAUGUCCAGUUUCAGAGAGCAGCUUGGUGAGGACUGGCUGCGGUACCAGCACCACCUGGACGUAGAUGUCGCGCUGCCUCCUGCCAAGACUGUUCAUGGCUUGGAAACACUGUCCAGCAGCCUUGACAUACCCUUUUGCCUAUCCUCUGAGGUUCUUCCUCCACCACUUAUCUCAUCUGAGCCAAGGGUGCCAAUGCCUGAGUUAGAGGCCGAGCAAGAGACAGAGUCCACAUUGCAGUGGCCCAGUCAGAGCCCUCCGCACACUGAGUCCAGUUUGGAAGACACUGUGGUGGAUGGUCCGGUGGCAGUCCAGCUCUGUGCAUCUGGACACAGUCUGGAUUCCCACAAGUCAGUCAGCGGCGAGUGUGGCAUUUCUAAGGAGGGAGACCAAGAGGAAGACAUGGGAGUGGACCAGUGUCUGCCACUCCUGGUGGGUGUCUUACCUGACAAAGAGGAUGAAGAUGAAAAAAGUCAGGAUGAGAAGAUGAAGGAGGUGUUUCUGCGUGUCAAACUGAGGCAUUUGCUUGAGGUAGACGUGCAGUCAGGCCAGGAGCGAUGUCGCCUCGAGCUCGACUGCCUGGCCAGCGUCGAUGCCACGCAAGCAGCUUGUACCCACAGGGAGACCAAAGGAAUGUUUCCAGCUGUGGAGAUCAAGUUUCAUUAUAUCAUGAAGGAAAAGAGGCGGCGAUGUUACGUCCUUCUGGAUGCUGACCCAAAGCAGGCCCUUAAGGAUCUCGUUGAUGUGCUGUCACUUGUGGCAGAGGCCAACCGCCGCCGUGAAGCAGAGCUUCUUCCAGGCGGUGUUCAUUUGCAGUGCCUUCGUUGCGGGUCAGAGUUCAUGGAGGCUGGAGGUCAACCACCUCCAAGGCCUAUGAUGCUGCCAGAGGGUGGCGAUGCGCAAGAUGGCAAAGAGUUGAUGGAAUGUGAUGAGGGUGACAAAGGAAACUGUGAUAACUGUCCAGAAUGUGGAAGUGACCACUUGAUCCAGCUAGUUGGCCAGUCAUUCCCUUACAGCAGUACGCCAAUCCAACAUCCAUCAAGGACAGGCAAUAAAGACAUCAAGGUGAUCCCUUGUAUCAGCGAUAAUCCGGUGGAAGCUGCCAUUACUGCCAUCACAGCGGACCCCGCGUUUUACGAUGGGGAGAACGGGUCUGACUCGUUCUCCCUGUCCUUCAAUGCUGAUUGCCAAAGAAAAGAGGAUUUGGCUGGCAGCUACAGCUACACUACCAUCUCUGCUACACCGCCUGUAUUCCAUCUUUCAGAAAGAGCCAACUCCGUUGGAAACUUAGACCAGCUGACUGAGGCCUUUGAGGUGGUUGACCAUCGGCUGAAGCUUUUCUUGGAUGUGGAUGUCUUCGAAGAGGAAGAGGAGCUCAGUUGUUUCCUAAAGGCUGAACGUCCAUUUUACUGCCAGACAUCACUUGUGAGAUUUGGGGAGCCAGAAGAGUUUCCAUCUCUGGUGGUGGUGUCAGACAAGAGAAUCCAUGUCCUUGAAGUAACAUCAGGAGCCAGCAAAGGGCAGCUGUCUGAUUGGCUCCAGAAGCGUGACUGCCGCCCAAUCUUAGAGCUCAGCUACCUGGAGGUGGGGCUUGGCUCCCAGAGCAUCCACAUUGCAUUUGAAGAUGGGGAAGUCAUGGGCGUGGCCUACACCCUCCUGGUGCGGGACAGUAUACGCUGCAAACACUUUUUUGGCCUGUUGACAGGAAUUGUGCGUGAGAUGGCGCAUCGGUCCGACAGCAAACUGAGGUCAAUCUCAACCACCAGACUCAAUCCUCAACACCAUCUCUGGCCUCUUGUGUGUGAAGACAUCCAGACAGAUGUGGAGGAUGGCCAGCUGCAGUUCUGCUACAUUCUGGCCUUUUUGCUACAAGAAAACACGUGGACACCGAAGACUGUGCUGGCGACCCGAGAGACUUUGUACUUGUUGAGCGAGGAUCACCAGUGGAGGAAGAACACAAACCACCUGACAACAGUUAACGGCAACCCGGAGACGAGCAGCGGGAGCUUCUCCCUUCUGGAGACGCUGCCCAUCAGCUUUGUUAGCUCCAUCGACCUGUGGCCCAAUGAGCAGCGGCAGAUGGAUGUCAAGCUCUACGACGAGACACAGAAAGAGGAGAAGACAUGGCAUGUUCGCUCAGAGAGUUCUGAGCUCCUACAGGCUCUGCUGGCUUGGAUCCGAAUACAUUGGGAGUCCAUGUUUGGCGUUAAGCUACACACAACUGUCCACGGCAAAGAAACGUAACGAAGAGACCCACGUUCUCUCUCUCUCUCUCUCUCUGUACCUGUCCCUUCAAAGCGGCUGGUAGGCCCAAGUACCAAGUUUUGUUGUGUUUUGUUUUUGUGAAGCAGUCAACACGCGUAUACAGGAAGCCUCACACUAGUAGGUGAUUUGAGUCCCAACAUCCUGCAGCUGUGAGCGUUCAUGUAAUAAUUUAUUUCUUUCCGAUUGUCGAAUUUUUUUCUAUUAGAGCAACAUUUUUUGCAAACUGUGCAUAUAAAGGAAUUCAAACAAAUGCACUUUACUGGUUUUAUUUAUGACUACAGUAAACCCCUGCUUGUGGCGGGAGAUCGGGAGCCGAGCCCUGUGAAAUUUGCCAGUAAUU